UCUCAAUCGUUUGACUUAUCUGAACGGCAGUUUCAGUCAUAUGAACUAAGUGGACACGAUAAGGACUUGGCGUAUCAUGUUUUGUUUAUACCUUUCAUUAAACAUCAACUUCCAAAUUUUCUGUUUCGAAUGUUAAGUUUGCGGGAGAUUUAAUCACUCUCAGUUAGUACAAGUGUUCCUAACGUUACGGUUUACUUACCACAUAAUAAAACUGAUUAUUGAGUUUCUUUUAAUGCAAAACUAUGCUAACCUGGUUACUUUGCAACUCAUUUGGACCAAUGUUUGACCUAAGGAUAAUAUUUUGAUUGACAUAUAAGUUUUUUACCUUCUAUUCCAUCUGAAUCGAUAUAUGAAAAUGCGUGAACGAUUCUCCGCCGAAGAUAGCAAUACUUCGUCUGCGAAUUUCGGUUGUUCGAUGCGUGAACUGCAGGGACUUAUGCAGUUGCGUGGAGCUGAAGCAGUAGAAGUUGUGAAUAAAAGAUUUGGUGGAGCUAGUGGUUUGUGUCAGCGUCUUAAAACCUCUCCAACUCAAGGAUUAUCAAGUCAUGAUUUGGUAAGACGUCGUGAAGUCUUCGGGACCAAUAUAAUACCCCCAACACCUCCAAAAAGUUUUUUUCAACUUAUGUGGGAAGCUUUACAGGAUGUAACUUUGAUUGUUUUAAUGGUGGCUGCAGCUGUGUCACUUUUACUGGCAUUAUAUUCUAAAUAUUUUGGUGGAGAGCAUAGUUCCGGUGAUGAGACUGAAGGUGAAGUUAGUUGGAUCGAAGGUGUUGCUAUACUUUGUGCUGUUGUGGUUGUAGUUUUAGUAACAGCAACAAAUGAUUGGCAGAAAGAAAGACAAUUUCGUGGUUUACAAGAUAAAAUUGAAUCAGAUCAUAAAAUGUCCGUUUUACGAGAUGGUGAUAUUACGGAAGUACUAGUUGGUGAUAUUGUUGUUGGUGAUAUAUGUUUAGUGAAAUAUGGUGAUUUACUACCUGCUGAUGGAGUAGUUCUUCAAAGUAAUGAUUUGAAGGUUGAUGAAAGCUCAUUAACUGGUGAACCGGAUCAGGUGAAAAAAGGUGAAAACAUUGAUCCAAUGUUAUUAUCAGGUACACAUGUUAUGGAAGGUUCUGGUAAAAUGGUUGUUACGGCUGUUGGAGUGAAUUCACAGGCCGGUAUUAUAUUUACAUUGUUAGGUGCAACUGAAGGAGACGGUUCAUCGGCUGCCCCACCACCUCCCAUUAAUUUAGCUAAUGCUAAUGAGAUGACAGAAAUUUCAAGAAAUACAAAUCCAUCACAACAAAAUUAUGAUACAGAUGGAAAACAACAACAUGAAAUAAAUAAAAACCUCAAUGAUCAAAUUAAUGGAAAUAAACAUUCAACUAAAGGAGGUGGCCAUGUUGCUUUCAGUGGUACAUCUGAUGUUGUGGGACCAGAUAAAAAUAAAUUGGCAGCCACAGGUGGUCGUAUUGAAAAUCAUCAACAAGAUAAUUUAAAUCAACGUAACAGUUUAGGUAGUGGAGAUGCAGAGGCUACUGAAGAUGGUAGUGAUGCACCUAAAGGUCGUAAGCGAAAAAAGAAAAAAUAUUCAGUGCUUCAAGCGAAGUUAACUCGUUUAGCCAGCUUGAUUGGACAACUGGGUACCGUUGUGGCUAGUUUAACAGUAAUAAUAUUGAUUGUAAAAUUUUCUGUCAAUACAUUUUAUUUUAACAAAGAACAAUGGGAUACAGGCAGACAUUUACAUCAAUUUGUACAGUUUAUUAUUAUUGGUGUAACAGUACUUGUGGUUGCUGUGCCUGAAGGACUUCCAUUAGCUGUAACUAUUUCAUUAGCCUAUUCUGUGAAGAAAAUGAUGAAGGACAAUAAUCUUGUACGACAUUUGGAUGCAUGUGAAACAAUGGGUAAUGCAACAGCUAUCUGUUCAGACAAAACAGGCACUUUAACAACAAAUCGUAUGACAGUUGUUCAAUGUUAUUUUGGUGAGAAAUUAACCCAAAACACUGAUCAAUUACCAAAACUGAAAGAUUUAAAUCAUAGAAUUGGACAUAGAUUUGUGCAUGGUGUUUCAAUUAAUAGUAGUUACACAUCACGUGUGACUAUUCCAGACAAACCAAGUGAAUUACCACAACAACUAGGGAAUAAAACUGAAUGUGCUUUGCUUGGAUUUGUACGUCAUUUAGGCGUAAAUUAUGAGGAUAUACGAGAACGUUGGCCACAAGAAAGUUUGGUGAAAGUAUUCACAUUUAAUUCUUUACGAAAGUCAAUGAGUACAGUGAUUAAAAACUUGGAACCUGAUAGGCCGGGUUAUACUGUUUUCACUAAAGGUGCUUCCGAAAUGGUUUUGAAAAAAUGUAGUUUCAUCCUGGAUGCUAAUGGUGAACCUAAGCCAUUCACUAAAGCUGAUCAAGAUAAUUUAGUUCGAGAUGUAAUUGAACAAAUGGCUAGUGAUGGAUUACGUACCAUAGGUAUUGCAUACAAAAGUUAUAUAGAUCCUGCUGUUGGGUUAUUUCCGAAUGAGGUUCGUUUAAAUCGUGGACAUACACCUGAUUUUGAUGAUGAAGAUACUAUUGUCUCUGAUUUAACAUGUAUUGGAAUAGUAGGAAUUGAAGAUCCUGUAAGACCAGAAGUUCCUGCAGCUAUACGAAAGUGUCAACGUGCCGGGAUCACUGUACGUAUGGUAACCGGUGAUAAUGUUAACACAGCAAGAUCGAUAGCUGCUAAGUGUGGUAUUCUUAAGCCAGGUGAUAACUAUAUUGUGUUAGAAGGAAAAGAAUUCAAUGCUCGUGUACGUGAUCCACGUACAAAUCGUGUUAGACAAGAUCUUAUGGAUCAAGUAUGGCCACAGUUAAGAGUUCUUGCACGUUCCUCACCACAGGAUAAAUAUACUUUAGUAAGUGGAAUUAUAGACAGCCAUAUUUCAACUCGUCGUGAAGUUGUUGCUGUAACUGGAGAUGGUACAAAUGAUGGACCUGCAUUGAAGAAGGCUGAUGUUGGUUUCGCUAUGGGUAUAGCAGGAACAGAUGUUGCAAAAGAAGCUUCAGAUAUUAUAUUAACGGACGAUAACUUUACAAGUAUCGUUAAAGCUGUCAUGUGGGGAAGAAAUGUAUAUGAUUCUAUUUCAAAGUUUCUUCAAUUUCAACUAACUGUCAACAUGGUUGCUAUUAUUGUUGCAUUUGUCGGUGCAUGUCUAAUAACUGAUAGCCCACUUAAAGCUGUUCAAAUGUUAUGGGUCAAUUUAAUCAUGGAUACUUUAGCAUCAUUAGCCUUGGCAACUGAAAUACCCACAGAAGAAUUACUUGAACGAGCACCAUAUGGUAGAACAAAGCCUAUUAUCAGUCGUAAUAUGAUUAAAAAUAUAAUCGGACAGUCUGUUUACCAACUAGGUGUUAUUUUCUUUCUAAUAUGGUUUGGUGAAUUACUGUUAGAUGUUGAAAAUGGUCGUGGUUUAAGUGCUAAAGGUAUAAAUCGUCCAACAGAACAUUUCACCGUGAUAUUCAAUUCAUUCGUUAUGAUGACAUUAUUUAAUGAAAUUAAUGCUAGAAAAAUACAUGGACAACGAAAUAUUUUCUCUGGAUUGACUAACAAUUUAUUAUUUGUGAUAAUUUGGAUUUCAACAUUUGUGCUACAAGUUAUAAUUAUCCAGUUUGGUGGCUAUGCAUUCAGUACACGACCAUUAGCUUUAGAACAUUGGUUAUGGUGUUUAUUUUUUGGAAUAGGCACUCUACUCUGGGGUCAGGUUAUUAUUUCAGUACCAGUAUGGAUAAUUCCUAAGAGAAGACGUAGAAUAACCAAGCCUAGACGUUUAACAUUAAUUGCAACACAAGAUGUAUUAGGAGUAGAAACAGACGGUUUAGUUACUCAAGAUUCUGUACAUCCACAACUUGCAGAUGGUGGUGUGGUGCAUCGAGCUAGUACAGGUUUUGUUAGUAAAGCGGCAAAUGCCGUUGCUCGUGGUUUUGGUGCAAUUUAUACGCAGCCUGAAGGUGAAGAAGAAGAGGAAGACGAAGAGGAAGAAGAGGAGGAAGAUGAUGAAGAUAGGGAGGAUAUUGUAGGGGCAAAUCUACGUAAUACUGGUCAAAUAUUAUGGAUUCGAGGUUUAUCAAGAUUACAAACACAGUUGAAAGUUGUACAUGCUUUUCGAGAUCAAAGGGAUUCAGAGGAUGAACGUGCAAAUAUAGCAGCAUUAAUGCAUCAUCAUCGUCGUCAAUCAAAAGAUUUCUUACACCAAACAUCAAAGAAAAGAAAAAAAUCUCAGCAACUGUAUAAGAAUAAUAAUGACAAUAAUAAUAUUAAUUUACAUCAACAAUCUCAUCGUUAUCAUCACCACCAACAGAGACAACAAAAACUACAACCAACAGAUUCCACAGACUUUUCUCCUACUUUCCCAGCUACGUCAAAUGAGAUGGGAGAAAAAGCUGCAGAAGAACAUCCACUGUUAGUUUUAGAACAAACCGCUUAUGACCAAAUUAUUGAUGAAGAAAAGUGUCAUGAUAGAAAUGGGAAUUGUGAUGUCAACGAUGAUAAUAAUAAUAAUAAUGGUAAUACCAGUAAACAAAGACCAGAUCAUGAUGAAGAAAGUACACUUACUGAAGUAACAAUAACGAAAUUCAAACGAAAUGAUGAUGAUGAACAGUUUGAAGAAAAUGUUUAUCAAAUUUCAAAGGAAACUACAAACAAUAUGAUAAAUCCAGAUCUUGAAGAAUGGAUUAAAUCGAGUUGGUUACAUGACUCAAGUGGGCAAGAAAACAUAAGCUGUACUAUACCAGAAUCAUCAUAUAAUAUGGGAAAUAAUUUUCAAAUACAAAACAAUCCUUCAGCAUAUACAUUUGAGAGUAAGGAACUAAAUACCGUUGUUGUUGGCAGAAAUCAACAUUCGAAUCGGCCAAAUAAACAGUGCAGAAGAUCAAGUAAACCACCUGCUCCGCCACCUCCAUUUAAACAACCAUUUAGUACAGCUACCUCAGACAGCUCUGAUAUACUUUAAACUUUCUGUGAUAUACACCAAUCCAACUGUUUAGUCCUAAGUUUCAACUAUCAAUACUAUUGAAAAGAACAUGAGAUAUAAUUUCAUAUUGUUUAUAUAAUAAAUCAUUGUUCCUCAACACAUUAGUAAAUAAACAUAUUACUUUUUACUCUACAUUAAAGAAGAAUUUAUCUAUUAUUUGUACAUUAAAUUUGAAGAUUCGUCUUGUAAUCUCAGUAAAAUCUUCAUUCAUAUCUAUGGAAAUCUAUACAUUAAUUAAGAUUCUUACUUCAUAUAUAAAAUGUCAUCUUAAAUAAUGAACCACUAAUUAUUUAACAUCUUCCUUUAGACUUAAUUCAUUUCAUAUAAAACGAAGUAGUGAUUUACCUAGCAGUUUAAAAUUUGCUCAAUCAUCAAUUACAGUGAUUUUUAUCAUCAUCAUGAUCAUUACCAUUAUCAUCGUCAUUAUCAUCAUCGGCAACAACAACAACAAUAACAACUUCCUGUUUUUCGGAAAUCACUUUGUUUUCCAACAUAUAUUUAAAAAGUUUUUUUAUAUUAUAUAUUACUCCUAUAUUCUUACCGUCAGUUACUUUGGUUUAUCUUAAUUAAUUUUUCCCAGCAUGUUCUUCAAUUUUUUUUUAUCAAUAAUUUCACGCUGUAGAUUGAAAAGCACAAAUUUUCUCUCUUUCAUUUUUAAACAAACCAACUUCAGUAGAAAAGAAAAGAUUUUCAACUUUAAAACAAAUAUGCACAUAUAUAAUUAUGAUAAUGUAAUUAAUUUAUUAUUCCAUUUUGUUAUAUGCAUGGUUGUGAAAUGUAUUCAUUGAAUGCUUGAAAUUAAUUUUGUCAUCAUUAUCCAAUAUUAUUAUCGUCAUUAUCGUUCAAUUAUGUAACAUAUUGAAAUAAAACAACUGCAUUUCAUUCCAUUGAAGGCUUCGUGCAAUCAGAGCAUUUCGUGGUGGUUAUUCAAGUAAAUUAUGUGAUAUGAAGGAAUGGAGUAAUCAAUCAAAACGUUAUAUCAAUCAAUCAUCAUCUAAUUCACAUUCAUAUCAAAUAAUAAAUCAUUUAUCAACAAAUAUUUCAAAGAAUAAUGAAGAAAUACUUACAAAAUCAGUGGUUUGUUUGAAAGACGAUAAUGAUGAUAAUAAUAAAAAUAUUGGUGGUGACAAUAAUAAAGAUAAUAAUAAUAACGACUCUAGUACAGCCAAUCAAGAAAAAUAGUUUUACUGAAUUUUUUCCCAUAACUUUUAAAAAAGUAUUUUAUACAACCAACCAAAAAAAUAGAUCUACUAUUAUCAUCUUAACUCUUAAAAAAACCAACUAACAUUUAUAUAAACAAACAUAUUUAUACCUUUUUGGGGAUGAAAAGGAAAUUUAAUUAAAUAAGUAAUUAAGUAGUAUUGUCACUGCUUAAUUAACAUUUUAAAUUAAAUUUUGCCUUUGACAAAUUUCAUUCGUGUUUUAUUAUUAUUAUUAUCACAUGUCUACCAAAACCAUUUGUCAUUAUUUAUUACAUUUUUACACAAUUAUCAUUCCUGUCUAAUAAUAUUUACAAUUAUUAUAUAUAAACAAUUGUGAUAGAUCUUAAAUUACAUAAACAUAUUUCCUUUAGCAUACAAUAUUACAAUCUUAAUGUGUAUGUAUAUGUGUGAGAAUUUGUAUGCAAUAUUGAGAUGAAACAAUGAGCAUAGCAAACAAUAUACAUUAUCUGAGAAUUCAAGCAUUAUUGAACAGUUGAUUAUGAAGUAAGUGUUCUCUGAUAUAUUUUUACUCAUUCAAAUUAUGAACACUUUUCCCUCAACAGAUAUUAUUCUAUAAAUAAAACUGAAUAAGGCUGUGUGAGGUUACUAUAUAUAUACAUAUAUAAUGUUUUUUUAUCUCAAAACACAAAUACCUAUAAUAGAUGAACUAUAUCGCCUUCUCUCGUAUUCCUCUCAAUUCUUCAUAUUUACAGUACAGUAACUAUUCGAUAUCUAUUAUUUACUGUUUUAGUAAUAGUUUUAUUAGUUUUGAACUUAGUAUAAAACAAAAAUAUUAACUUAGAAAUAGAGUUGUAGAAUUCCUUCAAAUUAUUAGUAACUUGUCAUACUCACUAGUACGUCCAUCUUGAAGUACAUUCAAUAAAAUAACCUAUAAGAUUCUUUGCAUUUUUAACCAUAAAAACUCAAAGAAUAAUAGCAUUGGUGAGGUUAUUUGAACUGCUCUUUAUAUAUAUAUAUAACAGGAUAUCCUAAGGUUCCUCCAGUUAAUGUUUUUUCUAAAUUGUUAAUUAGAUUACUCAUUUUUCAAUAAUAUUCCAAAUAUUGAGAAAACCAUUUUUUCCUCUUGUAGUUCAGACACCUAAUUAGUUUGAUAAUAUAAUAUUACCAAACAAAACAAUACUGUACUUACAGACUUUCUAUGUGUAUGUAUGGGACACAUUCAAUUACAUAGAUAUUUCAUCUUGCCAUUUAUUCUAUCCAGUUUAUUUUUUUUUAUUUCUUUCAUUUGUUCUUUCUCCUAUCUUAUGAAAUUUAUGACAACAUAUAAUUAAAAUGUGAACAGGAAUAAUAACAACUUUUUACCUAUUUUAUUUUCCCUUCCAUUCUGUUUAUUAUUAUUAUCUGAAUGGUGUUGUUUAAAAAUAUACAUCAUUUGCUCUUAAUAAGAAUACCCUAAUUACAAUUUCAAUCAAUUAUUAUUAUUAUUAAUUUGAUUAUCUUGAUUUCAUUGAAUCCAACUUUUUUUGUGAUGAUCAAUUUCUCAUUUAAAUUUAGUUUAAAAUGUCAUAUUAUUUUUUCUAAAAUUCUAAAUAAUGAUUGUAUACAUUAGGUUUACAAAUUUUGAUGUAUGAAUUGAAUAUAUCUUGCUUUCUCUCUAUAUAUAUAAAUGAAGAAAACAAAAUAUAUACUGUUAUAAAUCUUCUUAUAUUGAUUACUUUCUUUUCAUACUGGCUCCUCAACUCUGAUUCGAUCUUAAUAAGAAAAUAAAUUUU